UUUACAUGGUCCAUCGAGUACCCCGCCAUCUUGCUGGAAGAAUCACUUCAUAUCCAUGUUUGGACAGUGAUUCUGCAGCAAACUUAUCCUUCGGGCACAUUCCUGCAGAUAUUUACUGCCAUAAUUUGAUUUGAAGACAACAUGGGCUGGUUUCCGACGACCCUCGAUUCCGAAGCACAGAGCUGGCGUUUUGAUAUCGUCUCCCUUCUGGCUAUCAUCGGAGGAUCCUCUAUUGAAAAGCAUAAGCAGGCAAUCACGGCGUCCCCAUUUGCCGGGUUCCCACGUAUCCUACCCGCCCCUGAAUCACUGCUGGAUACAGAUCGGCCCAACCGACUCCCCUCUGUCAAGGAAGUCACCAUCAUUGGCGUCAAAUCCGGUACGCGCUUCACCGAACUCAAUUUUUUCGCCAAUGUCAUCCACAAGCUCGAGGAGCUGGAGGAGUAUGAGUUUCGGUCCUACCAGAUUACAUAUCGGGAACCGGAGAAGGACACCAUCAAAAGCGUAGCAGAGGUGGAUGAUGUCGAGAAUGGAGGAACGCAAAAUGAUGCCGAGCAAAAAAGCCAGCCGGACGACGACAAGAAAGAGGUCAUCGUCCCGUUGAAGUCGCUCAGUGCGCUAAAUCUAGUGACCUUGAUUUCAAUUCUAAUGACCAUCGGCCUCUUCAUCUGGGCAGGUAUGAUCCACGACGGCGUGGCCCUCGUCGCCCUCGCCGCCAUGUCAUUGUCUACCAGCGCUGCCUGUCUAUCUGCGCAAUGGUAUCCGAGGCUAUCCACCCGUACGACCAAAACCAAAGUGAUGAAGGGGGAUAUUGUCAUGAAGACGCGUAAUGGGGCUUUUAUAGUGGUCGAGUGCCCCGAAGAGAUAACGAGAGAGCUGUACGGGGGAGCAGAAAGCUGUCGCUACGUGUUUAAGACUCGAGGCCACCAAGCACUUUUGGCUUGCAGCACGGUCCUUCUCAUGGCGGCAAUUAUUCUCUUCAGUAACUGCGGAUGGACAAUGCAGAUUGCCGUCGGCGUCGCAUACAUCAUCCUGAAUAUCCUAUACUUUGCCCUGGCCUUGCUGAUGGAUCCGGGGGAAAUGUGGGACCUGAGCCGAUAUGAGGUGGAGGGAGGCAAGCCGAAAAAGACGAAGAACUACACUAGAGCCUUGUGGGAGGCUAUUCGGAAGACCAAGGAGGUCGAAUGGGUGCGAAAAGGAGGCCUGGCCCCAUCCACCGAUGCAUGGGAUAAGUGGUUAAAGGAGGCCAAAAACAACUGCGGUGAAAAUGCCGCGUCCUGGGAUCCUGAAAGGGCAAGAGACCGUCUGAUGUCGCAAGCGUCUUCCGAGGAGUCUGCUGCGUCAAUGGAGAUACAGCCACGUGCCCCGCCACAAAUGUCAGCUAGCAAGUGAUGCUGGCCAUGGGGGUUGUAUGAAUCUGCAGUGCGUGCAGAUCGAUACGGAUGACUUUUCCUGAUUUUUACCGUGAUGAAUUAUGAAGUGUUGGAUAUGAAUGAUUGACGUUAUGACUAGAUAUGUCUGUUAGCGUUUGCGGAUUCAUCACUAGAGCUUUUCUGUCGAUUACGAGAUGCAGGUAUACAGCAUAGCGGCUAGACUGGGAUAUCUUCUACUACCUUGUUGCAUUGGCGGGC